GCUAAAUAGUUUUGGGUUUUUUUUUGUUCUGUUAGUGUUGGUCUCUGAUGUGCUCUGGUGAUCAGAGGGCCCACUGGGAUGCCUGGAAUGGCCAGGGGUCAUCAAAGGGCGGCUGUCUGCUAUAAAGGGGCCUGUCCUCUCUUCCGGCUGCACAUCACUUCAACCUGAGACUAGCCGAGGAAGGGAAGGAAGGAGACCUUCACCUCUCGCUCUUGCAGUGUCACUCGAAAAUGGCUGCCUACGUGCUUCUUUUCUGCUCUUUUGGCCUGGUCUUGUCUACGCAAAGGUCUGAGUAUCGCGCAGGCCCAGGGAGCAGCGUAGCCACAAGGAACGUUUCCCUGCACCCUCACGGCAGGUUCCCUCUGUACAUGAUGCAGCUCUAUCGCUCGUUCAAGGCGGCUGACGUCUCGUCAAUGGCGGCCGUCGUCACCGGUGACAGUCGGCCGGCUCGAGAGUCGGACUCCGUCGUCAGCGUUAUGGCAAAUGGUUAUCAUCAAGCGGACAACAGAUGGAUCGUGACCUUUGACAUGUCGUCUCUUUCGACCAGUGACAGAGUCCAUUUAGCAGAGCUCCGCAUCCGAUUGCCUGCCCGAUCCGCACACAAGCGGGCUGUGGUGGAUUUGUAUCACUCCCGGAAUUGUGAGCAUGGGGAGGGUCCGUUGUGCCAGGACGAACGCCUUCUCCUGGGGAGUGUCAGCGCGUCCGCCAGCAAGUCUUCAUGGAAGGUUUUUAACGUCACAGCACUUUUGAGGUACUGGCUCUACCAAGGAGACAGAGUAUCGAGCUGGGAGGUCUCGGCAGAACCUGAACCUGAGCUUGGGAGUGGUUCUGGGGAUUUUGAGCAGAUACCACGCAAGUUUCUUUUCAAGAACCCAGGAAGGCAAAGUAUUCGGGCAAUGAUGGUGCUCUUCUUCAAACAUGACCUCCCUCAGGAAGGUCACUCGGCCUACAGCCUGAUACACACCGUGGAAAACUCCAAGUACGUCACCAUGGACCGAAGCAGCGGCGAAAGCCAAAGUCGGCGCCACAAAAGGAACAGGAUGGAGAGGGUGAUGUUGGCGGCCGGCGGCGGCGGCCCCACCGUGGCACCGGAGGGCAUGCAGCGGCCCCUUUGUCGCAAAGUUGACAUGUGGGUGGACUUUGACCACAUCGGCUGGGACGAGUGGAUCGUGCAUCCAAAACGAUUCAAUGCUUAUCGCUGCGAGGGGGAGUGUCCGACACCACUGGACGAAUCCUUCAACCCCACCAACCACGCGUACAUGCAAAGCCUUUUGAAAUACCACCACCCGGAGAGGGUGAGCUGCCCGUCCUGUGUACCGACGCGCCUCGGCCCUCUGUCCAUGUUGUACUACGAGAACGACGAUCUGACCCUGCGCCAUCACGAGGACAUGAUCGUUGAAGAGUGCGGCUGUCACUGAGCGCCCUGACGAAAUCGCCUGCUCAACCAACAUUGUCCCUGGCAAAAAAGGGUGGUGUGACAUGAGGAUCAUUAGCCAUACAGGGUGCUACUCAAUACUUGAUUCUGUCUUUACUAUUUAUACUCUAUACUGUAUAUUUUGUACAUAAA